AAAAAUAUGUUUUUAAUAUUUAAAUUAUUAAUAAUUAUUUUGAUUGAAGUUAAUAAUUGUUUUUAUUUAUUUUUAAAAGAAUGGCAAACAACCAAUUGGAGUGAUUGUUCUGUUAGUUGUGGAUUAGGAGAACAAAAAAGAAAUGUUUAUUGUGCUGAAGUAGAUGAUAAAGGCCAACAACAAAAACAUUUAAAUGAUCAACAUUGUUGGCAUUCAAAAAGACCGGUAGAAAUACGUCAAUGUAAUAUUGGUGCUUGUCCGGAAUGGGCAAUUGGUGAUUGGGGUCAAUGUAGUAAAGCAAUUUGUGGUAGAGGUAUUAGAAGUAGACCUGUUGAAUGUAGAGCGGAAGGGAAGAAAUUACCUGAUUGGCAUUGCCUAUUAAAUGGAAAACAACAAAAACCGCCAAAAAGCCAGCCUUGUUGGACGGGAAUUCCAUGCGGGGAAUUGCAAAAUGAACAAAUAAAUAAUAGGUAG